CAACACUGUCCAGACUCUGGAUGUAAACAUUGCCGCGGUGGUCUCCUAACUCGCCUCGCCUCGCACGUGCCUAGCAUUUGCCUCCCAGCGCCUCAUAGCCUUCCUGUAAUUCUUCACCACCACUCGCCACCACAGUAGAGAUGGACGACGAUGUGGGACAACAGGUGCAGCGGAAAAAUGAUGAGUUCCCGCCUGGCAUGGCCCCCAAGAUGCUGUCCCUGCUGAAGAGCGUGACCACACUGAAGCAGGACCUCAAGUCCCUGCUGGCCCAACCCUACCACGAGGCAUUCAGCAAGCUUUCUCCUCUUGAACGAGCUAAAGUUGGGAUGAUGGAAAUCUACACUAUAAAUUCCUUAUUUUGGGUGCUGAUGAAGGCUAGUGGAGAGGAGAUGGAUGAGACACUGCGGGACGACUACAAGGUGGAGAUGGGGCGGCUCAGGGACACUCAGGGGCGACUGGCGGAAGUGGAGGCACGGGCGCAGCGGCCGGCCACAGACACAAGGGCGGCAGCCAGGUUCAUCCGGCAGGGGCUGGGCAUCACCACCAAGGAGGAAGUGACAGACACGGCAGAGGAACCUUCAUAGCUACUGUGUGCCAGGAGACAAGCAUACAGGCGUGAGGAGAUUAUAAGGACACAUUCAUUGGUGUAAGAAGAGGAAAGGGAGAGAUGAAUAGUGAAUGGGAGACAAACUAGUGUGUGUGUGUGUGUGUGUUUUUUUUUUUUUUUAUGAAGUAUUAUUUUAUAAAAAGUUGAAACUAUUGUGUGGUGUAUAUUUUUACCCAUUGAAGGAGAGUAAAGUUAAGGUUUACUGCAUUUCAAGUUAUGUUUAGUGACACUUGAUAACACACAUGCUGCUUCAAGAAUUUAUUCAGAGCUUGUCUUGUAUUUUCGUUAUGUAUUUAUUUACUGUUUUCUUACUUAUUAAUAUUUGUUAAUUUUUAUUUAUUCAUUUAUAUAUGUGUAAAAAUACAAAAUCCGGAUAAGAAUAGAAAAGUAAAGCCACUAAUAUCUCUACUGAUACUCUUCUGACAACCACAGAGACAACAAAGCCACAAACAAUAAAAUUGUCAUUUAAUAAAAUCCUGAGACGAGUAACAGAGCUUCCAGACCUUAAUGGAGUGUUGUGAAUGCUAAAAAUAAAUAAAAUAAUAAUAUUAAUAAUAGUAAUAAUAAUAAUAAAAAUAUUGUAAUAAUAAUAAUAAUAAUAAUAAUAAAUAAUAAUAAUACAAUAGAUAAGUGAAUACAGUAGUGAUUUUUUAACAAAAGUAAAAAAAGAAAAGGAGCAGUGUUGUAUGUAUAAAUUCAACUCUUGUCUCAUAUCAAUGGGUAAGGAGGGCCUGCACGCAGGAAAGUCACACACACACACUGCUCAUGUGCAAACAGUCUCGCCUCGUUAUUGGUGCGAAAAGUCUCGCCUUGUGAAUGGCCGCCACCUUCUCAUUAGCCAACCUAGCGUAACCUUACCCUACCUAAUGUAACCUAAACUAACCUAGCCGAUAUAAUGUGUUAUAAUAGGUAAGAGACCAUAGACAGUAAUUUGGUACAGAGUAGUUAGGUUAAGGUUAGGUUAGCUGAUGAGGUGGUGGUGGUCAAUCACGUGGCUAGACUGCUUGCACAUGCGCAGUGUGCGAGGACUCCUGUGAGCAGGUCCUCCCAAUGGCUGUGGGCCAGCACAUGAGGCCAACGUCACAUCCUCUGCGGUGGCAAUUUCCACACACACACACAAUUAAUGGCAAGAUAGCGUAUUUGAGAGUUCCGAAGUGUACAUUACAUAUGAAUGUCUACUAGAAAUAUCAAGGAUGGAUAAUGGAUUUGGUGUUCAAGUUGUAAACCAUAUUCCUCUCUAUUCAGCGUUAUUGGGCUAGUCUUUCCUGUUCUUGUGUUGGCCGCGUGUCUUUAUCCUUGGGUGACAUUAGGACAACCAGUGCUACUUUGGUAUGUGAUCUACGUGUCAUGAAGCUACUUUGGUAUGCGCUCUACACUUUAUAUUGAUGUAUAACAAGAAAAGUUAUACUUUUUUUCCCUUUCAUUAUCGAGAGACAAGGAAAACACUUGUCUUGGUUUCAAGAGGAUGUCUAGUUAGUCUGAAGCAUGAGUGGAAUGUCUAGUUAGUCUGAAGCAUGAGUGGAAUGUCCAGCAAAGCUCAAUACUUUUUUCUAACAUCGUAUAAUUUCGGGAGAUGAAGUACAUACUUUCCCACAUCAAUGUGAAAUGCUGUUACAUAUUUCUUAAUUUCCAUAAUUCAUUUGAAAGACGCACUGAGAACCUUUUCAUUGGCGCUGUAAUGUAAUUGUAAAAAUACUCGUAAUUUAGUUAUUGCCUCUGCCUCUAAGUAUGCUUCACUGCUUCUUUGUUGCAUAACUAUUGAUGCGUUUAGUGCUGCACUUCAUUAAUGUUUGCUGGCCAGUCUGUCUCCAGCUCUUCUCUCCUGUUCACUGCUUACCUCUCAGCCUCAAUGAAGCCCUAAUGGGAAGACUCCUCUGCUGUGUAUUCUACCGACUCCUCCUUUCUUUAGACAUCUUCUCCCACGUCUGUCUUGGAUCCCCAUACUGGCGUGUGAUGAGGAAAGACUAUCAUUGUCUAUUUCUUGCUCUUCUAGCUGAUGUUCGUUCGAUUCACCGAUGAAAUUAGUAAACUUGUUUCAAAUUUGCUUCAUUUUAAUUUUUUAAUAAUGUAUAAGAAAUUUCAUUAUUUUCUAAAACGAAUGUUUAUAUAAAAUUGUAAUUAUUUUUAAAGAUAAAUAUAUGUAUUUGUAGAAUGUUUUAUUUAGGCCAUAAUAAAUAAAUGAAACAUGUAGACCGUGUACCAAAGUAGAAUUUGACUUGUAGAUCACGUUGGCUAUGUAGAUCGCAUACCAAAGCAGCACCGGACAGCCUCUGCUAAACACGAAGUUACUGGCUGGUUGUUGCAGUGUUGGUGGCAGAUGACUGGUGCAAAGUGGUAGACAAGAACUAGAAACUGUACUUCAUGAUUUGACCUACGGUUUUGGGCUAACAAUAAAUUUGUUAAGCUGCGCCAC